AAUCUGGCGUUUCUAGGUCUAGGGUUCUUCUCUCAACAGCACGCCGCCUUUCACCCGACAAAGAACAAAGUUCCAUCGGAGAGAUGUCGCGACCGGUCCCGAGGAACGACGUGGAGAUCGAAGGAAGAUUCGUGCUGCUGGAGCUCGGACCCCACGAGCAACCCAAAAGAUCCAAGAAAGAGUUCUCCGUCGGGAAACGGAGAUGGCAACUGUCUGCCGUCCGAGUCGACGAGCAUACUUCGGUGACGCUUUCGACAUCUUCACUCUUUUGGGACAAAUGUUUGGCUUCCGUUACCCUAAAACUUGUGCUCUUCCCUGAAAAUCAACCGGUGGUAGUUCAUAAUCGUCAAGAAGUUGACCUACCUCUCAAUGGUCCUCAUACAUGGACAGUGACGGAUGGAUGUAAAUCUACAAGAUGCUUGGUUGAGAUCGAGUUUCGCAACAUUACUGAGUAUGGCAAGACAGAAUCAUUUUUGCGCUGUACACAAAUGAGGACGGCGUCCGUGGAGCAAGCCCAGUCCGGCGUCGCGCGCAUGCUGCGAGAAGGCAUCCUCACGGACAUCACCGUCAACGCGGCCGGCGGCAGCAUGAGGGCCCACCGCGCCGUCCUGGCCGCGCGGUCGCCGGUGUUCCUGAGCAUGUUCUCGCACAACCUCAGGGAGAAGGAGCUCUCCACGGUGGACAUCUCCGACAUGUCCAUCGGCGCGUGCAAGGCCUUGGUCCGCUACCUCUACGGCGACGCCAGGUCCGAGUGGGAGCUGCUGGAGCACCGGAGCGAGCUCGUCGCCGCCGGCGACAAGUACGGUAUCUCCAACCUGAAGAAGGCAUGCGAGGAGAGCCUGAGGGAGGACGUGGGCGUGGAGAACGUGCUGGACAGGCUGCAGAUGGCGCACACCUACAGCCUGCCGGCGCUCAAGCGGACGUGCGUGAGGCUGCUCGUGGACUUCGGGAAGAUGUACGAGAUCCCCGAGGAUUUCGAGGCGUUCAUGGCGGCUGCGGACCAGGACCUUGCAGACGAGAUCCGCUCGACUGCAAUUCUCAGAGGGAGAAAGCUCGUGGCCAAGGAGAAGAAGCCUGCAGCUAAGAAGACUCGGCGCCCCAGUGUGAGGAAGUCUCCGCCUAGCAAGGCUUCAGGCAGCAGCAUUCCGGUUCGGAGGUCCAAAGUCUCGACGUCCACGCCUAAGCUGGAUGCGAGCAACACUGCGGCGGGUAAACGGGGCCGCCGGCGGAAGUCCACGCCAAGCCAGGAUCCCGACGGCGGCGCUCCGGAUAAACGGCCUCGGCGGCUCAAUGUCCGGCUUGCAGGCGACGAGUGGGCCAAGUGAAUUGUGCCCGCUCCGUCAGUUACAAGAUUUCCAUUCUAGGUCCCGCACGUGUUUGCUCAAACGUGUGUGCAAGCGGUUCAAUGUCGGGGCUUUGUAGGCGAUGAGUGGGCUAGAUGAGUAUAAAUUGUGUUGCCCAAGCUUUGUGCAUCAGGGUGUGAUGAAUUGCAUGUUUCCAUUUUUUUGUUUGACAAAGGAUUGCUAAGUCCAUUUAUAAUCUGUAUUUUUUUUAAAA